AUGCUUGCCUUUUUCUUCUCUUUCAUCAUUGCCUUGGCCGCGGCCUACCCCAACCGGGGUGCCUGCACUGGUAACUGCUGGACCAAAGAUCCCGCAGUCAUAAAGCGUGCCAGCGAUGGCAAGUACUUCCGUUUCGGGACGGGUACUGGUGUCCCAAUUAUCACGUCCGAUUCUAUCAAGGGUCCAUGGUCGGAGGUCGGCAAGGCCCUGCCGAACGGGUCCAAGAUCAAUGUGAAUGGCGUCGACAGUACAAACAUCUGGGCCCCCGAUGUUCACCUUUCUGGUGACACCUACUACAUGUACUAUGUGCUCUCGAAGCUGGGCACCCAGAAUUCCGAGAUUGGUGUAGCUACCUCCAAGACUCUGGCUCCCGGCUCCUGGACCGACCACGGCAGUGUCGGCAUUCCCGCCAACAGCAACUACAACCGCAUCGACCCGAACUGGAUCCAGAUCGAUGGCAAGCAGUACCUCAACUUCGGCUCCUUCUGGGGCGACAUCUACCAGGUGCAGCUGGAUGGCCCGCUCAAGGUCGGCUCCAACACUCCCCACCAGAUCGCCUACAACGAGACCCUCAACCACCGCGAGGAAGGCGCUUUUAUGUACCAGCACGGCAACUUCUACUACCUCUUCUUCAGCUCCGGCAUUGCUGGUGGCUACACCAAGACCUACCCUCCCACUGGUGCUGAGUACCACAUCAGCGUGUGCCGUUCCUCCGGUGGCUCUGGCGGCUUCGUCGACAAGGAGGGCAAGGAUUGCCUCAAGACUGGCGGCACUGUCGUUCUCGCUAGCCACGGACAAGUCUUCGGGCCCGGCGGACAGGGUGUCUUGACUGACAAGGAUCUCGGUCCCGUGCUCUACUACCACUACUACCCUCUGGCCACCAAGCAAGCGGGUGGCUCAGCUGAUGGCGUGAACUCGAACUACAAGUUCUCCUGGAACCAGCUUACCUUCAAGGACGGGUGGCCCGUGGUCUCUGCCUAA